AUGGUUUUUGGCAACGGAUAGGAUAAUAGAGAGACGGUGAGCGAGAGAGAGAGAGUGAAGUGAAAAGAAGAAUGGCGUCGUCUGCAACUCUUUCGUUGUUGUGCUCCUCCUUCGCAUCCCAUUGCAAAAUCUCACCUCCCGCCACAACCUCCCUCUCUCAAUUCAACUCCCUCUCCCUCUCUUCUUCUUCUUCGUCUUCGCCGCACAAGCUCUCCUCCUCCUCUCCGCGUCCCACAUUCCCUCUCCUCCCCAAGUCGUCGGAGAUUGACUCCGCCGUCCUCGAAGCCGAGCUUCAAGCUCCCGAGCCUGACGCCGAACCUCUUGCUUCCGAGGAGCCUGCCCCCGCCGCCUUGGAACUUGCUGAAUCCGAACCAGCCCCAAAACGCGAGGAGAUUUUCGCUGUUGUUAUGAUUGGAGGGCGCCAAUACAUUGUUAUACCUGGACGAUAUAUCUAUACACAGCGCCUCAAAGGAGCCAAGGUCAAUGAUAAGGUUGUUCUGAACAAGGUGCUGCUUGUGGGAACAAAAACAACUACCUACAUUGGAAAACCAAUAGUGACAAAUGCUGCUAUACAUGCUGUAGUUGAAGAGCAAGGACUGAAUGACAAAGUGGUUGUCUUCAAGUAUAAGAAGAAGAAAAAUUAUAGGAGAAACAUUGGUCACCGACAGCCAAAUUCACGCAUAAGGAUAACAGCUAUCACCGGCUAUCAAGACUAUCCAGCAGUUACACUUGAAUCAUAGGGGGUUCCAUUGAGUGGUUAUGGUGUAGGAUUCGGAGUAUUUUACUUUGUUUCAAUGUAUUUCUCAUUUUUGUAUCUAAUUGUAAGGUGGUGUAUGGAAACAAUAUGCUUGUAGCUUAAUUGUAUUAUCAAUUCUGUUCCAGUUUAUUUCA